CUCCUAGCCGGUGUUCUCUACCCCCAACCCGCGCUGCAGGGAAUAGCGGGGCUAAGGCACUGCCGAGGCGGGGGCUGCGGCUCUCCGUCCUGGAUUUGCUGGGGGAAAAACUGACACAUCUGCGCACAGAAACUGACACAAAGCGGGGCCUCUGCGGUUUGGGGGCUGCCGGCCAGGCUCCGCCCCCACCGCUGCGUCAGCCAAUCAGCUCCCGGGACGGCCGCCUUCUCCCUCCCCCACCCCCGCCGCCGCUCACCUCUACCCGCAGCGUCCACCACCACCUCCACCAAUUUUCAAAUCCCGGGCUGUGUGCCCCUUCUCCUUGUCACGCCUCUGCAGAGGAGUCCCUUCCCCCUUUGAAGUACCGGGUGUGGAUAUUGCUGGACUACGGGCUGGCUCUGGGCCUGGGGAGGAGAGUCUGGCCUCGUGAGGGCCUGGAGAGGAAAGGAGGGAGAAGAGCCCACACCAGAACCUAGUCCUGACAGCCCCUUGGAGUCAAGGCCGGCCCUCUCCCACAUUGUCCAUUUGAUAGGACACCCUCUGAAGCCGGAUGAUCAACAGCUAAAGCCGAACCAGCCAUGGCGACUCCGUCUGCUGCCUUUGAGGCCCUUAUGAAUGGAGUGACAAGCUGGGAUGUCCCCGAAGAUGCCAUCCCGUGUGAACUGCUUCUAACUGGAGAGGCCUCCUUCCCGGUGAUGGUGAAUGACAUGGGCCAGGUCCUCAUUGCUGCCUCUUCCUAUGGCCGAGGCCGCCUGGUGGUGGUGUCCCACGAGGACUACUUGGUGGAGGCCCAGCUCACUCCUUUUCUCCUCAAUGCAGUGGGUUGGCUUUGCUCUUCCCCUGGGGCUCCUGUUGGUGUACACCCAUCCCUGGCACCUCUGGCCAAAAUCCUCGAGGGCUCUGGUGUAGAGGCAAAGGUUGAGCCAGAAGUGAAAGACUCCCUGGGGGUUUACUGUAUUGAUGCCUACAACGAAACCAUGACUGAAAAGUUGGUCAAGUUCAUGAAACGUGGAGGGGGCUUGCUAAUUGGAGGCCAAGCCUGGGAUUGGGCCAACCAGGGCGACGAUGAAAGGGUUCUGUUCACGUUCCCUGGGAACCUUGUGACCAGCGUGGCCGGCGUGUACUUCACCGACAAUAAAGGGGACACGAGUUUCUUUAAAGUCUCUAAGAAGAUGCCCAAGAUCCCAGUCUUAGUGAGUUGUGAAGACGAUCUCUCGGAGGACAGAGAUGAACUCCUGCACGGGAUUUCUGAGCUGGACAUCAGCAACUCGGACUGCUUCCCGUCCCAGCUGCUAGUGCACGGGGCUUUAGCCUUUCCCCUGGGGCUAGAUUCCUACCAUGGCUGUGUCAUAGCGGCUGCCCGCUACGGCCGGGGCCGGGUGGUCGUGACUGGCCACAAGGUCCUUUUCACCGUUGGGAAACUGGGCCCCUUUCUGCUCAAUGCUGUCCGCUGGCUGGACGCGGGCCGCAGAGGCAAGAUCGUGGUGCAGACAGAACUGAGGACUCUGAGCGGGCUGCUUGCAGUGGGGGGCAUAGACAGCAGCAUUGAGCCCAACCUGACCAGCGAUGCCAGUGUCUAUUGCUUUGAGCCCGUGAGUGAUGUGGGAGUCAAGGAGCUGCAGGAGUUUGUAGCAGAGGGCGGGGGCCUGUUUGUUGGAGCCCAAGCCUGGUGGUGGGCCUUCAAGAACCCAGGAGUGUCCCCUUUGGCUCGGUUCCCAGGAAACCUCCUCCUCAACCCCUUUGGCAUUAGCAUCACCAGCCAAAGCCUCAACCCCGGGCCCUUUCGUACUCCUAAGGCAGGGAUAAGGACCUAUCAUUUCCGUUCCACCCUGGCCGAGUUCCAGGUUAUAAUGGGCAGGAAGAGAGGGAACGUGGAAAAGGGCUGGUUGGCAAAGCUCGGACCGGAUGGCGCAGCUUUCCUGCAGAUCCCCGCAGAAGAGAUCCCUGCCUACAUGUCGGUGCAUCGGCUCCUAAGGAAGCUGCUAAGUCGCUAUCGGCUCCCAGUAGCGACCCGAGAGAACCCUGUCAUCAACGACUGCUGCAGGGGUGCUAUGCUCUCCCUGGCCACUGGGCUGGCCCACUCUGGAAGUGACCUCUCUCUGUUAGUCCCAGAAAUUGAAGAUAUGUACAGCAGCCCCUACCUGCGCCCCUCGGAAUCUCCUAUCACUGUUGAGGUCAACUGCAACAAUCCAGGCACCAGGUAUUGCUGGAUGAGCACCGGGCUCUACAUACCCGGGAGGCAAAUUAUAGAGGUCUCGCUGCCUGAAGCUGCUGCCUCUGCUGACCUGAAGGUACAGAUUGGCUGCCACACCGAUGACCUGACCAGGGCCAGCAAGCUGUUCCGAGGUCCCCUUGUGAUUAACCGCUGCUGCCUGGACAAGCCCACAAAGUCGAUCACCUGCCUCUGGGGGGGCCUCCUGUACAUCAUUGUGCCUCAGAGCAGCAAGCUGGGCUCUGUGCCCGUCACGGUUAAGGGAGCUGUGCAUGCUCCCUACUACAGGCUAGGGGAGACGUCCCAGGAGGAAUGGAAGAGGCGUAUCCAGGAGAAUCCAGGUCCCUGGGGAGAGCUGGCUACAGACAACAUCAUCUUGACGGUGCCAACCGCAAACCUUCGCACUCUGGAGAACCCUGAGCCGCUGCUACGCCUCUGGGACGAGGUGAUGCAGGCCGUGGCCCGGCUGGGGGCUGAGCCUUUCCCCCUGCGUCUGCCUCAGAGGAUCGUUGCCGACGUGCAGAUCUCAGUCGGCUGGAUGCACGCAGGCUACCCCAUCAUGUGUCACCUGGAGUCGGUGCAGGAGCUCAUCAGUGAGAAACUCAUCCGAACCAAGGGGCUGUGGGGCCCUGUGCACGAGCUGGGCCGCAACCAGCAGCGGCAGGAGUGGGAGUUCCCCCCCCACACCACCGAGGCCACCUGCAACCUGUGGUGUGUCUACGUGCACGAGACGGUGCUCGGCAUCCCUCGAGGACGAGCCAAUAUUGCUCUGUGGCCCCCAGUUCGGGAGAAGAGAGUCAGAAUCUACCUGGGCAAGGGUCCCAACGUGAAAAACUGGAACGCGUGGACGGCCCUGGAAACGUACUUACAGCUCCAGGAGGCCUUUGGGUGGGAGCCGUUCAUCCGUCUCUUCACUGAGUAUAGGAACCAGACCAACUUGCCCACAGACAAUGUCGACAAAAUGAAUCUGUGGGUGAAGAUGUUCUCCCACCAAGUGCAGAAGAACCUGGCUCCGUUCUUUGAGGCCUGGGCCUGGCCGAUCCAGAAGGAAGUGGCAACCAGCCUGGCCUAUCUGCCUGAGUGGAAGGAAAAUAUUAUGAAAUUGUACCUCCUCACACAGAUGCCCCACUGAAACCGAAGUCAAGAAAUGUAAAAGAGAAUUGACACAUCUCAGCAAAGAAAACUGAAGGAAUUUGGUUAUAAGUGAAGAAGAUCUCAACACAUUUCUGGAAGAGAGAAAGUGGAAGAAGUGAUAAUGAGAGAGUGCAGCUCCUUUCAGACGGAAUAUACGCUGAUCUGAACACGUAACCCCAAAGAGAUAUGGGCACCUGAAAAGUCUGUCUACUAAAGAAUUAUGUCAGCUGUGAAACUGAACCCCAUCUCAUUCUACCCCAACCUUUGCACAGAAUACAGGCAACAUACCACUGGUUUCUGUUAAGUCUGUUGUUGUUUAUUGUUGCUUGUGUAAAGGAAUCGAAUAAACUGCUUGAGGAGAGGUAGGAGUUGGUGCUCCAAUAUAAAUAUCUCUUUUGUGGAAAAAAGUGAGCCCCUAGCAGCUAAUUCUCUACAGAUGGCUGAGAUCCCUGCUCAAGUAACCAAGUGCUUUCAGUCACAGAAAGGCUUACUGGAGAAGCAGACAGACCACACAAUGGCAGAGGGAACCCACAGCAACUCCUAUAAAAACAGUUAUACUGAUUCUUCAAUGCAGAUGGUCAGCUGGGAAUUCCCAGACAUUGAGCCUUAGGGGUAGGGGUUGGGGGAGGGACCAGGGGAGUAGCAUGUGAGAAAAAUAACCAAUCAGAAUCAGGAGAUUUGAAAAAUAUAACAAACUCUAGGAGAAACAGUUAACAUGGAAGAAAAGGACUUAAGUAUCUUCAGUGACAUCUAAGGUGCAUUUGUAAGAUAAAAACAGGAUGCUACAAAGAAAUGGAAAACCCUGAAAAUAAGAGGAGCCCUUAAAUUGAAAUAAGACUGCCAAAAAUAUUUAUAGACAGGCUGUAAAAUAAGGUUGAGGGAAUCUCCCUAGAUAUAGAGCAAAAAGAAAGAGAAAAUAUAGAGGAAAGAGACAUAGACAAUAUCUAACUGUUAGGAGUUUCUGGAAGAGAGAACACAGAAAAUGUGAAGAAAAAAGAAUUGAACAGAAAAAAGUUUCCAAAUUGAGAGGACCCUAUACAACCUACAUCUAGACAUAAUCUUGUGAAAUUUUGGAGUAUUAAGGAUAGAGUGAAGAUAUUGAAAGUGCCAAGAGACAAAAAUAAAAUUAGGUCAUCAUAAUUAGCUCAACUAAAAAGGGAUGAGAAAUAGACUGGGAGCGGAUUUUUCAUCAUCAACACAAUGCUAGAAGCCAAUAGAGGAGUGUCUUCACACAUGGAAAAUCUUUGUACCCGGAAUUCCAUAGCAAGCCCAACUGUCAAGAGUCAAGUCAAAAGAAAUUUUCUGACAUGCAAGUUUUCAGAAAGUCUACCCUCUUAGCACCUGGAAAGGAAGUUCUCUCUCACCUACUGAGGAAGUUCUCCAGCAAAAUGAGAAUGAAAAUCGGGAAAGAGAAAGAAAUGGAAUCCAGAAAACAGUGGCCCUCACCCAGGAUGGCUGACUCCAGAGUGACCAUUAUCCAAUAGGAUAGCUCACUCCAGAGUGACCAUUAUCCAAUAGGAUGGCUCACUCUAGAGUGACAGUUAUCCAAGAGACCCAUUUCAGAUGAGCGUACACAGUCUCAGGCUCUCUGGGGAGAAUAUGCAUUCUGUGCCAUGGAUGUUAUCCUUGAGAAGCUGGAAUGUUUGAGAAUAUGGAGGAGAUACAUUCUUUAGUAAACAAAAAAGAACAAAACAAAAAUGUCAAAUUCAGGUUCAAUUAUGAGACAAUAAUAAAAAAAACUCAUGGAAUGUAAGAAGAGACUCAAUUUGACAUUGGCAGUAGGUACAUUUCAAGUGACAGGAAACAUGACAUUGGAUAUGUUUGGAAGAAAAUAUCCUAGCUUCUACUUAGCUCCCAGUAAACAGUAUUUACAAAGCCAAAAUAAUGUAGAUACUAUUUAUUGGUAUUCAGUGUUCUGAUCAGCCUAUAGGUAAAACAUGAAAGGCUUAAUCUUUUAUUCAGAAAUAAAAUGGAAAGUAAUCCUGAAAAGGAAAAAGAAAGCAGAAAGAGGUUGAGAAUUAGUUGGGGGAAGAGAGGUGGAGGGAAGAGUAGAAUUACUUACCUAUUCAAAAUGGGGAUGAAAAGAUAAAGUCUACAGUUAAUGGAACAAGGACUAAAGGAUUGUUACUGUUCAAAACUAUAAACCAAUAGAAGUAUUAAAAAUGACAUCUGUCAAAAUUUGGAAAAGGACAGGCAAAUGAAAGGUGGGAAUAGUGUAAGUUAAAUCCUUAUCUUUUGUAAUGGGGGAUUAUUAAAGAUUGUCUAAAGUUAAUAAGUCAAGAAAUUAUUGUUCAAACAUUAUUUAAAUGUUAGGAAGUUAGUUAACAGAAUAUCUAAAAAUAGAAAUUGUUAAAUGCAUUGCCUCUAGGGUAUGGGACUAGGGUUAAAAGGGUGGGGUGGGAAACUGUUUUUCAUUUUAAGCCCUUCUGUACUAUUUAAUUUUUUACCUUGUGCAUGUAUUACUUUGAAAAAUUUUUACUAAACUUAAAUAAAAACCCUUCAAUGGCUUCAUACUGACUAAGAUACAGUCCAAUCAAAACACUUAAAAUGGCUUAUAAGGCCCUCAAGUAUUUGGAUCCACCCAGUGUGUCCAAGGCUCAUCACAUCUCCCCAUUACUCUCUAGUUCUAACCACACUAAAGACCCUCCAGCUAUUCAGACACACUUCCCCUUCUCUUGUUUCUACAGGUGUUCCACAGAAAACAAAUCCUGUCCCGAUCUCACCAUGUGUCUGCUGAUUAAGCUUACUGUCUAGCAGGUUUUCAGUAUCUGUUGAGUGAAUGAAUGUGCAACAGGGUGUUCAUGAAAAUCACCAACUAGUGUUCUUUCCCAAGAAGGCACAUGAUGUUUGUCUCUAUUCCAGGAGCAUUUCAAGACCAUGAUGUAAGCUUUCCUGAACUAUUCAUUUGACAGUUUUGAUAAGUUUUAGUCAUAUACGAGACCGGGUGAUGUCAGAGGAUUUCUAUCCAUCUGUUAGUCUCUGGUAUGUUCUUUGCCAAAUUGCCUCAAAAUCAUAAUCGAUUUUCAGCUAUUUUUUCCCUGUAGUUGGGAGAAACAGCCAGCUAUCUAGUGGACAUCUUCAGGCUCCCAAGUUUCAUGUGUCCUGCUAUGCCUGGUUUCUUGGUGGCUCUUCCUUCUUCAUUAAUUUACUCUCUUCUCUUGUCUACCUUCCAAGGCCAACUGGAGCUCUCUAAUGAGUACUGAUUGACUUUACUACUGCCAAUCUUCAACAACUGCAUUUACUGGAAAUCUUUCCUAUAUCUCCCCUUAAGAUCACUCUCUGAUUUACCUAGUCCCUAAACCAAUGUCCCCACCCAAUGUCACCACCUCACCUAAUAUAUGUACUUAACAGGCCAGUAAGUAAUCAAAUACUGCCCUAGAUAUUGACUAUUCUUGCUGACAAAAGUAACACACCCUUCUUUCAAGACUAAUUCACGCCUAUGUUCUUUACUCCUUCAAAGAUUUUGGACCCCUACUUGGCUUCCAUUUUGAAACAGAUUUCUUUCAUUGACCCACAUAAUCGGAGUCAGUCUUCCAAGUGUGGUAGAGAAGGGGUG